GCAAAACGGUUUGUUAAGAUGAACAACGAGAAGAAGGAAGACACAACAACAGACAGUGUGUACAAAGAGAGAACAGGAUUUAUAAACGGGUGAGUUGACCCGGAACCUCAGUGGGCCAGUUCUGACACCAGAAUAAGAAUCACAACAAACAAAAGAAAAGAAAAGAAAAGAAAAGCCCAAAGAAAAUGAGGACAUCUCAUUAAAAAAAUUGUGCAAAAAGAAAAAAGCUUUUAAAAAAAGGACCAAAUACAAAAUCUACUGAGACUUUAAGCUGAGUUUCAGUAAUCACGCAAUCACCAUCUAAAGAUAGGAACCGCUGUGUGGUUAGACAUUUCCUGAAGCUUUUGAGCCUCCUCUUCCUGUAAACAUUGCCUUUUUGUUUUAUUCGAUGUAAGAGCAGCUUUGCUUGAUGUUUGGAACAUGCAGUCUUUAAUCCUGAUAUUCCUUUUGGCAAUAGGUGGGAGUGAAGCAGUGUUCUGGCAGAGUCUCACAUGUCCCUAUGAAGCCCAGCAGCAGAAUCUGCUGCGGGUCUGGUGCCGGCAGACCUCUGCAGAGUGCUGCACGGGCCUCGCCUUCAGCAACAGCUCCCAGUUGGCUGAUGGAGGCAAGCUGAGGGUGACCCAGGACCUGCACUCCUUCACCGUGGAGGUGCUGGAACCAAACCCCACAGGGGGGGUUUACUGGUGCGGCCUACUGAGCAGAGACGACACCAUCAUCAAGCUGGCUGAAGGAUAUUUUCAUAGCACCUCAGCUGCUUUCAUCUGGAGUUUUGCUCGCUGGAUGCUGCUGCCUCUGCUGCCCGUAGUGAUCAUAUGUACUCAUGUCUGCACAGCAAUGAAAGCAAACCAGUGCUGUAAGAAGCAGGAUGAGCCAUUUGAUGACGUAGCGGCGGGCGGAGCGCUCACUGACCCGCUCUAUGAGAGUCUAGAUCCUCAGAAUCAGAGGAAUUCAUCAGGGAUUUAACGCCAUCACUUUUCUACCACCACCACAAAAGAAAUAAAGAAUAAUCCACAACUUCUUUCUUUUUUUAUGAAGAAAUAAGUUUGCAUUUAUUGGACAAACCAAACAUAGGCAAACUCACAUAGUGUAAAGAUGGAACAUGUCAUGGAGUGAAAAAUAAAUGAAGAAUUUCAUCCCAAAACGUUUUGAAUAAACAGCCUCCUGAAACCAGCUUUUCUAAAGUGCAUAUCAUUCUGAGGAAUGUUAUUACUUUAGUAAACAGAACAUAAAAAAAGUCUCUGGAUUUCAGCAGGACUGUUUCCACAAGAGUGAAAAUGAUUUUGGAAUGAAGCUCCUAACAUAUAUUUAUAUAUCUAUAUAUUUACUUUAUACAAUCUUUUCUUGCUGUACAUUUAAGUCUCAUGCUUUGCUUGAAACUUUUAUCAGCAUUUAUCCUCAAACAAGAGAUGAAAAAAAAAAGCACACAGUAUUCAGGAUAAUGCUGCAUAGUGUCACCUUUGGAAUAAAACAGAUUUUUUUGUAAACCAGCAAAUUGGAACCGUUCUGUGUGUGUGUGUGUGUGUGAGAGAGAGAGAGAGAGAGAGAUAAAGAGCUGAUAUCCAUCAUAUGUAAAAAAACAUCAGUUCUGGAUGCAGGAUGUUUUCUCAGUCUGUUAGAAGCAGGUGAGCUGAAACUUUCAGACAGAAUGACACCAUGUGGGAACUAAAGCAGCUCUGGUUUCUCUCCUUAAAGCUGCAGUACAUAACUUCCAGUAGGACUAUGUUUUUUUUAUUUUUUAUAUAUGCAUUUGUUAAAACUGUCGCCGUCCUGUGACAGUUUUUGAGAUAAUCUGUAAGGGAUGGAUCUCAUCCACCUCCUCUCUAAGCCACUGCUGCCGUCUGAAGAAAUGCACCACUCCUGACCUAAAACAACCAAUUGGAGCCAGGAGGAGGGGCUAGGCGCUGUCAAUCAACUCACUGUUAAAUGUGCUAAUGGUGGAGAAAGAGCUCACGGUAACAGGAAAACUGUUUAUCUGCCAUCAUCGGUGGCUAUGCUAACUAGCCUGAGCAUUCACAACAGGAUAUACUAUACAGCACAGAGUGAUUGAGAGCGCUAAGACCCUCCUCCCGGCUCUGAUUGUUUUUUUUGGUUAGCGCAAAAAGACAACAGAGAUCCAUCUUUUCGCAGAUUGUCUAAUACUGUCUAUACUGUCACUACAUUGUGACAGUUUCAACAAAUUUGUAUGUAACUUUU